AUGGAGGAGGAAUUCGAGGCUGAGCUUACACGACUAUCUCACAAGCUCACAAACGAAAGCGAGACUGCUCAAUUCUGGCAGCAGAAACACUCUGCCUCGAAUCAGAACUAUCUUAAAUCGGAUACGGAGCUCAGAUUGCUGAGGCAAGAAUUGGGAGGAUUGAAUCAGGUCAAGGAAGACAGGGACAGAGACAUUAAGACGAGGAUUAGUAGUCUGAUGCUGGAUCGAGAUGCAUUCCGGGAGGCUUAUAAUGAGGCUAUGGGUGAGCUGAGAGGGAAAGAUGAAAGGUUGAGAGAGUUACAAGGCCAAGUGAGAGGACUGAAGAGUUGGGUAAGCAGAGAAGGGAAGGCGGUUGGUGGAGAGCAGGUUAGUGAUGAGAUAGUAGGGGAAAAGGUAAGAGGUUUGGGCAACGGGUUGCAGAAUUGGGUAAUUACCAAUUUCAGAAGGGUGAAGAUUAACUUAGAGAAAAUGGAUGAUGAUACAAAAGACCAACUGCUCCGUCUUGUACCGACAUACGACAUAUUAGCCUCAUCCUCAAAAGUCCAUUUUAUCCAAUCACUUGUGUCGCGAAUCCUGGUUGAGCAUAUCUUCAGCGCAUAUUUCGUAGGAUUGCCACAAGAGCAAGCAUAUGAACUCACAAGAAUGGAAAAAUAUCUGAGUGAUUUCGGUAGGAAUCCAACCAUGAAUCAAUGGCGUUCAGCCACUCUUUCUAUUAUUCAGAAAGAAGCACCUAAAAAGCUCAAAUCCGAAACAGCAGCUGUUGUCGAGGUAGUCAUGAACCAAGUCAACACAAUCAUGGACUCGAUAGGAGAUCUUCAGCAUACAGAAAGUAGGGACCAGUCGCUUCGAAGCUUAGUCAACAACUCUAUCGAGCUUGCGAGACUGGUCCGCGUACAAAAAGCCGACUUUAGCAUCAUGAUGCCUUGCAUUGAAGGCCACCAGAGAACAAUGUUUGAUCCUGAUACUAUGGAAGAUAUUGGUGGAGAGGAUGAAGAUACAUUGAACGAGAGGGAGAUUCGUUGCGUCACCUUUCCUGGAGUAGUCAAGGCUGGCGAUGAGAAUGGGGAACGAAGUCAUCUCAGGAAUGUCGUGGCUAAGAUCAGAGUUUUGUGCUCACCUGAUUAA